CAGAAGUAAAAUGCGAGCGGACUAAAGCGGACGUGCUAUAAAAAUACAAGCGGAAAAACAAAACGAAAGAAGUGCGCUGCGAUUACCAUAGAAAAACAGAGAUUUAAAAUUAUGAAGAAGAGCAAAUGAAAUAAAAUAAAAAUAAAGCAAAGUGCGCGACUUAAACCUUUUCCAGUGUUGUGAAAUAGCCAACAAAAGCUAACGGCAAUUGCGAAUGCCAAAUCAAAAAGUGCCCACAAAAACGUGACGCCAGUUUUUCAAUAUUCUCGAGCCGAAAAUCAUGUGUUUUUUGUUAUACUUAUACUUGUACCCCUGUGUUUUGUGUUAAAUGUAGCUGACGACAAAAACAAAAUAUUAAAUUGUGUGCGGCGAAAAUCCCUUGCUUUGUGUUUAUUAUUAAAUUCCCUUUAACCCGUUUUACCACACACACAUACACACAACAAAUAAAACCAACGCAAAUCGACAAAAAAAAGAAGAAAAACGCAAACAAACCAAAAACAAAUCGCGAAAUUUGCAGGUUAUUUGCCAAAAGAGGCGAAAAAAUCAAUUAUAUGUUGGCCAGUGCCGGGUUUGCAGUGGAAUCGGGUUGAUACCAUCGAUAGCCACAUAAUGACGGAGCACCAGGCGGAGGAGCAGGCGGCAGGGCCCCCGACCAAGGUCAAGGCCACGCCCACACCCACCCCGAACGCGAAAUUCAAGGACACGAAGGAGGAGGGCUUCCUGUCCACCUCGCCGGACAGCGCCAAUGGCGAUGCCCAGCAGCAGAAGCUGCCAGCGGACCAGCUGGCCAUUAUCUCAUCGAACGGACUCCAUCCGGAGAAGCCGGGCGGAGCUCGCCCACUGAUCCUCCAGGCCUUCCACCAGUGCUCCUCGCCGGAGCAGUGCGUCACGCUGCACAACAUCCUCGACUCGUUCAAGGCCCCCCUCUCGGAGGAUCAGGCAUGGGCGUUGAUCCACCAAUUCGCCGGACUCUACCACCAGGUGGCCGUACAGGCCCACACCUGUGCGGCGGAAUACGAGGCCACCCUGCCCACCGGAUUCGAGCUGCACUUCCAUCGCGACGGCAGCGUCCACUUCUCCGGGCAGGAGCAACUGCCUCACAAGGAGGGGGAGGGACUGCCCCAGGAGCAGGACAAGAUCGGGGAUCAGCCGGACCACAGCGCCAGCAGCAGCGGCGACAGCAGCGCCAUCGUCAUCAACAGAGCCUUCGACAACAACCAUCAUCAUCAUCAUCAUCACACGCCGCUUGUCGUUUCGCAUAGAAAGAUUAUCAGUGAAUUGGCGGAAAUCGUCUACACCGCAUUGGAUUACAAUUUGCCGGAGGACGAAGAGUGCCAAAUGUCGCAGGAGCUGGAGAGUCUAUUCAACUUUAUGACGGCAGAUGAGACAGACGAUGAUUGCAUUGACGAGGGCAUCGACGAGGGCGACAAGCGCUGGGACGACGAUUCCGAGGAGGAGCGCAACGAUACCAAAGAACUAGAGCACAUAAUCGAGACCUGCAGAAAUCACAUAAAGACCACUCUGCCAGAGAACCACUACAAAGCUGUUUGCAGAGCCCUCGUUACGGAGACCAUAGAACUCCGUGUGUUUCUGCAGCAGGUCCUGAACAAUGCAGGUGCUGAGAAGCUGAUCAAGGCCUCAGAAUCAUCGGCCACCACGCAACAAGAACUGGCGAAGCUGGGCUUCAACGACUGGGCACGCUUCUGGGUGCAGGUGAUCGACGAACUGCGGAGGGGUGUGAGGCUGAAGAAGAGCAACCACGAGCGCACACCCAUCGAAUACGAGCUGACGCCCUACGAAAUACUCAUGGGCGACAUUAGAGCCAAAAAGUAUCAAUUGCGCAAGGUGAUGGUGAACGGCGAUAUUCCGCCGCGCGUCAAGAAAGAUGCCCACGCCAUGAUCUUGGAGUUCAUUAGGUCACGGCCGCCGCUGAAGAAGGCCAGUGAACGCCAAUUGGGGCCGCCGCGCAUGUGCGAACCUUCGCCGCGGGAGCAGCUGAUGGAGUCCAUCCGGAAAGGCAAGGAGCUCAAGCAGAUCACACCGCCGGAAGCGCCAACUUUGAGGCAAAGGAUGCUUCCAAGUGCAAACUCCACGCUGUCACGAUCCAGACAGCGGCUCAUCAAAGUGGAUUUCUCCAAGUUUCAGGACGAAGAUCUCUUCUACGAUGAGUCUAGCAUCAGCAGCUCCCACUCCACAGCGGCCACCCACCAGCACCACCACCAUCAUCAUCCUCACCUUUCCGAGAUGCACCGCUGCUCGCAGCCCAAGAUGCCGCCAUAUCCAUUCGGUGGCUACAUGGUGCCCAGCCAGGCACGACAAGAUUGCCGGGAGACGGCGUCGCUGAUGCGACCCCGACGCACAAUGGAGCCAGCAAGGCAGACGGCGCCUCCAGAAGAGCCAUCCUUCACGGAGGACGAGUACCACAGGUUCUACGACACGGCCCUGGAAUCCUACGACCUGGCCACUCAGUGCGAGUCGAGGCGGGCUUCCCUGCGCCGCCACACCAUCGUGGGAUGCCAGAGCAACCUGGACGAGACGCACUCCAUGCCGCCCACGCGGCCCGAGUCGCGUCAAUCGGACGAUGUCAAUAAGGAGACGCCCAGGAGAAGUCCUGCGGAGCCGACCCAUCCCUCAGACGAGGCCAAUUCAACAUCCUCGCUUGGGCCAUGGAACAAGUCCUUCAUGGACAAGCAGACCUGGAUGGAACGGGGGGACGAUCGCCUGUCCGUCACUCUGGCGGAGAUCGUUCACAUUCGUUCCGUCAUGACCAAGGCGGAGCUGGAGGGCCUGCCAAUGGACGUGCGCGUCAAGGAGGAUGUUGAAAAGCGUCGCGUCUGCUUCCUGUGCCUGCGCACCCGCUUCUCGUUCUUCGGUCCCUGGGGCAUCCAGUGCAAGCUGUGCCAGCGCACCGUCUGCGCCAAGUGCUACACCAAGAUGCGCAUUCCCUCGGAGCACUUCCGCAAUGUGCCACUCGUGCUGAUCUCGCCAUCGCUGCUGUCCAGUCCGGCCAGCUCGAGCACCCCAUCACCCUCCCAUCACGCCCAGCAGGCGCACUCGUCGUCGACGGGGAACAUAAUGGAUGACCAGUUCCCUAAGUCGCUGAUCGAGCGUCUCCUGCGCUCCGAGUCAGAUCGAAAGACUCGCAGCACUGUGGGCAGUGCCCCAUCCUCACCCAAACACCAAAGAUCAAACAUGAGCACGCCGGGCAUUAGCGUAGGACCCGGAGCAUCCUCCUCCUCCGCCGCCGCCACUGGCCAGGCUGUGGAGGCGCUGCACGACCAGGCGGCCAUGUCGGCCUCCUAUUCCGCGGCCAUGCGACCCUCGGGCGUUCAUCAGCACCAGAAGCAGCACUACAACAACAACGCCAUGUCCCGGAGCAUGGAGGGACCCCGGAGUCUGCCCGUGCACAGCCCAGCAUAUCGACCGCUCUCCAACAACAGCACGCUGGAGAGGAAAUCCCGGUUCUCGAGGGGCUUCAACCUGUUCUCCUCGGGCAGCCAUCUGGCCCAGACGCAGGAGCAGAAGGAGAACCUGCGGGGCGAGCAGGUAACCGUGUGCAACGACUGCCAGGGAUUGGUCAACGAGAUCACCAGCUCCGUGAAGCAGAAGCGCAGCUCUGCCCGGAACCGCACCAUUCAGAAUCUCACCCUGGAUCUGACGCCCGUCUGGAAGUAGGCGGGUAAUCGGGUCGGAAAGGAUCACACUGCAGUGCGUUUGAAGACCGUAGAAUGAUGGCAACAGAGUUCUAACGACUGACUUUGCUCUAACGCUAUACUUGAUAUCAUUGACUUGAUGACUUUAAAUGACUUAUUAACGCGUACGGACCUUAUUUGAUUACUGACCACAUUCCAGAACUGUUUGUAUUUUCAAUUUCUACGUGACUGUUGCAGGGCCUUCGAAACGCACUUGAAUAAUUAGCUAUUUACAUAUGUAUGGAUUAGAUCGACUGUUGUAAACAUUAAAGGAUAGAGCCUCAAGGAGCCUCGUUUGUAAAUCGUGUUAGUCUAGUAAAUAAGCGAAAGAGAAUACCGAGAAUUCCUGGCUGAAGCUUUGUACAUUUUCUGCCGGCUACAGAGAGAUCCGCUUGAGCGCACCCCACCACAUACUAUUUAUAAAGAAGAUAACUUACACGUCGCUAUACAUUAUAUUAUCGCAAUACGAUGCCGUUGUUUAUAACUGUUUAAUUUAUGCGUAAAUGUUGAUUAAGUACACGUAAUCAUAACUCUUGUAUCCGCGUAUAUCAAGUGCACAUAUAUUCGAUCUUAGUUGUAUCCCCCGGCUCUUGCUCUCGAUUUAGCAUGAGCGAAGUAUCUUAAAGAAUACAUCCAUAUUCGCAGUUCAGAGAAAUAAUUUCGGUUGUUGAAAAUAGUUAAUCGAAAAUGUUGUGAAACUUUUGUGCUUGCGCAGAUUUUUGUUUACCAUGUGAAGUUUUCGUUUUGUUCUCCCCAUUAACUACAACGUCAAUGUAUAACGCAAGAACUACAUGAUAGCCUAAUUUAAUUUUAGUCGGUGUUGCAAUGCAACCCAAACUAUUUAGUUAAUUCGUUUAGUUUUAAAUCUCCUCUAAGUGCGUCUAUUUUGUAAGCGACUCUUUAUAAUUGUACAAUCUGAUGAUGCAAAGCAAACCAAUAACAAAAUCAUUAUAUUAUCUAUUUGUAACUGCUACUAUAGUUUUUCUAAACCAUUUUUGAAAUUAUUGUUUCUUUUCUCUGUAAUUGUAAAUGCAUUUAAGUACUUGUAAUAUUAAAUUUUAUGAUUUUAAGUUAAAUUCGUUUGCAAUACUUUAACACACACACGAACACACAAAGAGAUCGAAAACACACAAAACAGCA